CGCAGUUGGCAUCAGUGUUAUGAAAGCGCCCGGUUUUGUGUAACUGGGCUGAAGUGUGUUGAUCAGAUGCAGCAGGGAUCAGAUCUUCAUACAAUCUGAGAUGAUUUUCUCACUCGGAUUUACUUAAAUCUCACUCUUCUGUUUUUAUAACACCUCAGAAGAGUUCUGGAUCAUCAUGGUGGUAAACUCCAUCCACUGGUUUCGGAAGGGACUGCGUCUCCAUGACAACCCUGCCCUUCUGGAGGCGGUGAAGGGGGCCGAUACGCUGCGCUGUGUCUACUUUCUGGACCCCUGGUUCGCCGGAGCCUCCAACCUCGGGGUCAACAGGUGGAGAUUUCUCCUGCAGUCUUUAGAGGAUCUGGACUCUCGUCUCCGUGAACUCAACUCGUGUCUGUUUGUGAUCCGUGGUCAACCUGCCAACAUCUUCCCUCGACUCUUCAAGGAAUGGAAGGUGAAUCGACUGACGUUCGAGUGCGACUCGGAGCCGUUCGGUAAGGAGCGAGACGCUGCGAUAAAGAAACUGGCAUCUGAAGCCGGAGUGGAGGUCGUUAUGAAGAUCUCGCACACGCUUUAUGAUCUGGACAGGAUUAUAACACUGAACGGCGGUCACCCUCCUCUCACAUACAAACACUUCCAGACGUUAGUGAGCAGCAGUAUGGAGCCACCAGAACCUCCAGCAGAACCUCUGAGUAAAGAUCUCAUGAGGAACUGUGUCACACCUGUCAAUGAAAACCAUCGGGAGAAAUACAGCGUACCACAACUGGACGAACUGGGGUUCGACACUGAAGGUUUGGCUCCUGCUGUUUGGCCCGGAGGAGAAUCAGAGGCACUGAAGCGCAUGGAGAGACACCUCGGACCUGACGCCGCUGCUGCAUGGCAGGAGAACUUCGAGCGACCCAAGAUGAACUCCAGUCCUUUAUUGGCGAGUCCUCUUGGAUUGAGUCCGUAUCUGCGUUUCGGCUGUCUGUCGUGUCGUCUCUACUACUAUAAACUCACAGAGCUCUAUAAGAAGGUCAAGAAGAAUGACAACCCGUCCAUCUCGCUCUAUGAUAAGAUCCUAUGGAGGGAGUUUUUCUACACGGCGGCUACGAAUAAUCCUCGAUUCGACCGGAUGGAGGGAAAUCCCAUCUGCAUUCGGAUCCCGUGGGACAAGAACGCGGAAGCGCUGGCCAAAUGGGCGGAAGCUAAGACUGGUUUCCCUUGGAUCGACGCCAUCAUGACCCAGCUGCGUGAGGAGGGUUGGAUCCAUCACCUGGCGCGUCACGCCGUGGCCUGUUUCCUGACCCGUGGAGAUCUGUGGAUCAGCUGGGAGGAGGGCAUGAAGGUGUUCGAGGAGCUCUUACUGGACGCAGACUGGAGCGUGAACGCUGGCAGCUGGCUCUGUCACUCCUGCAGCUCUUUCUUUCAGCAGUUCUUUCACUGUUACUGUCCCGUGGGCUUCGGACGGAGGAUCGACCCUAACGGUGACUUCAUCAGGUCUGUGAUGUCAGGGUUUGUGGGUGGAGUCUUUGGGUUGGUUACUUUUGGUUUUGUGAAGGUUGUGAUGAGACGCUGCGGUUUAAUCUCUCCGUCUCAUUCCAGACGUUACUUACCUGCCCUCCGAGAUUUUCCAGCCAAGUUCAUCUACGAUCCCUGGAACGCGCCGGAAGACGUGCAAAUCGCCGCCAGGUGCGUGAUCGGGGUGGAUUAUCCCAAACCCAUGGUGAACCAUGCGGAGGCCAGUCGACUGAACAUCGAGAGGAUGAGACAGAUCUACCAACAGCUCUCCAGAUACAGAGGACUCAGUCUCCUUGCCACCGUGCCGUCCAAUCACAUGGAGGAGGCGAGCGUGAAUGAAGGCAGAGGAGUCUUGGCGUCUCCCGCGCCCCAGAGGAGCGUGCCGUCUUACCGGGUCAGAAGAGAGCAGCGUGACGCUCGCGAGCAGCCGGGAACCAGCGGUGUGAAAUACAGGAGACACCGACACGCACUUAGCCACCGUACGUCGCCCUACGUCACUCAGAGUGAUUUGACAGGCCACGCCCACCAGUUUGCGGUCCCGCAUCAACCAGGACCUUUGCCUCUUGGGGGCGGGACAGGAAAGAGAGAAAGGGAGGCGGAGCAUGACAGUCGCAGGAGUGAUAAUGGCCCCUCCUCCUCAUCCCACUGCUGAAUAUGUAAAAUGUAUGAUAAACGUUCCUCUUGUGUUACUAUACGUUCACACCAGACGCGUAUGAAGCGAAUAAAUUGCGCUAUUUACACCUAGAUGUAUGUUUGAAUAUUUUUUGUUAAUUUGCUUCAUUUGCGCGUGUUUUUUGUUAUAUAUAUAUAUAUAUAUAUAUAUAUAUAUAUAUAUAUAUAUAUAUAUAUAUUUACUUUUUUCAAUUUACCAGAUUGACUGACCUCCUCGCUUACUUUCUUUCAAGCAAGAUCCUUUUUAUUCUGUUUCUAUAAAAGUACAAAGCGACAGUGAUUUUGUCCUCCGUUGUUCAUACUUCUGCCUCCGCUCGCUACGUCAUAAUCACGUCAUUUACUAGAGCAAACUUCUGUUUGGUUAACGCGGCGUGAAUAUCCGCCAAAGUUCAGAUUUUUUGAUUUGCGCGAGUCACGCGUUACGCAAAUCAAAUAUUUCUGCCACGUAAUUUGUGCUAAACGCACCACAGGAUGUCUAUCGCACCUUUGCAUUGACUUGUAAAUCACUUGUGCUUAACGCUUCAUUCGCGUCUCGUGUGGACGUACAGUCAAACACAGUAUUGCUCUUAUGAGUAAUUUUUAAAUUAUUUUUAAGCAAAUCUCCAUGGUGCACAGGCAAUUUUAAACAUUUCUACGAAAAUGAAAUUAUUGUCCCAAAUACUGAUUUUAAAAAUCAAAUGUGAGAAAGAUGUUUAUGUGAAUAUUUUUUCCCUGAUAUUAGUUAACUGAAAAGAGUCUUCACACCAAAUUUAUAAUGAAUUGCUGAAGUCUCAAAAUCUCUUCCAGAUAAUAAAACUUUGAUCUUAAUGUGAAGUGUAAAUAAAAGUCCUCAAUGAAGGGAAAACCCCAAGCAGUGUUUCUGGCCCAAAUCCAAUCACGUGUUAAAGUCUUCAUGUAUUUUUACAGAUAAAUAUUGAUAAUCAUUUGAUCUGGUGUCACAAACAGCCAAAGAAGAACAAACGUCAGUAAAUACAGACAGCUUCUCCAUCACAUCACCUCACGUGUAAAUACCUGCAGCUAAAGUCACAUGACAUUGAUCUUCUGUCUCUUGUGUGCUUGUAUUUAUUCAGAGAUGAAGAUCAUUCAGUUGUGUGUUUAGUUUAGGUUUUAUUUAUUUGACAGGUCUUCCAUGUAGGACUGGAAAACGAUUUAUUGCGACCAAUGUUUGCAUAAUAAAAGUUUUUGUUUACAUCAUUCAUAUGUUUUUGUAUAGUAUAUAAUAAUAAUAAUGUAUAUAAAAAUAUAAAAAAGAAAUAUUUAUGUGUAUAUACAUAUAUUAUAUUUAUAUAUAAUUAUAAAUAAUAUUUGAAUGUAUUUUUGUAUAUGUAUGUGUGUGUAUUUAUAUAUACAUAAUUAUUAUACACACACACAUAUAUGAUGUAAACAAAAACUUUUAUUCUGCAAACCUUUAGUCGCAAUUAAUCGUUUUCCAGCCCUACUUCCACGACUCGUGACCAGAACAAACUAAACUAUUACUGAACUUUAUUCCUGUUAGUUUCUUAAAUUAUCGGUGUAUUGUAAGGUGUUUUGUAUCUUAUAAUGCUGUAUAUAAUUAUUUACUGCCUUUUCAUUUUGACUGAAUCUUCAUAGCAGUUUUUAAUAUUAAUGAUAAAUACUGUGUCUUACUGUGUGUCUGUAAAUCUCAUAUUUAUCUGACUAAAACUCUUUAAACAAA